GUUACCGCGGCAACGACGCUCGGGCGGUGCUGCGUGAGGUCAGGGGUGCCGGGGGUGGGGCCCGCGCGCGCAGCGGCGGAAAAAUGGCGUCUACGGCGGCUGGGAAGCAACGCAUCCCCAAAGUGGCGAAGGUGAAAAACAAGGCACCCGCCGAAGUUCAGAUCACAGCAGAGCAGCUUCUGAGAGAGGCAAAGGAGAGGGAACUCGAGCUUCUCCCACCGCCUCCGCAGCAGAAGAUCACAGAUGUUGAAGAGCUAAAUGACUAUAAACUCCGGAAGAGGAAGACUUUUGAAGAUAACAUAAGAAAGAACAGGACUGUUAUCAGUAACUGGAUAAAGUACGCACAAUGGGAGGAAAGCCUGAAGGAAAUACAGAGAGCCCGUUCCAUUUACGAGCGUGCCCUGGAUGUGGACUACAGGAACGUCACCCUCUGGCUGAAAUAUGCCGAGAUGGAGAUGAAGAACCGCCAGGUCAACCACGCCCGGAACAUCUGGGACCGGGCCAUCACCACCCUGCCCAGGGUUAACCAGUUCUGGUACAAGUACACGUACAUGGAGGAGAUGCUGGGGAAUGUCGCUGGGUCACGCCAGGUGUUUGAACGGUGGAUGGAGUGGCAGCCAGAGGAGCAAGCCUGGCAUUCCUACAUCAACUUUGAGCUCAGAUACAAGGAAGUGGACAGAGCACGAAGCAUUUAUGAGAGAUUUGUCCUUGUUCACCCCGACGUGAAGAACUGGAUCAAGUACGCGCGCUUCGAGGAGAAGCACAGCUACUUUGCCCACGCCAGGAAGGUGUAUGAGAGGGCAGUGGAGUUCUUCGGGGAGGAGCACAUGGAUGAGCACUUGUAUGUGGCGUUUGCUAAGUUUGAGGAGAACCAGAAAGAAUUUGAAAGAGUGAGGGUUAUCUACAAGUAUGCCUUGGAUAGAAUUCCAAAGCAGGAUGCCCAGAAUCUCUUCAAGAAUUAUACUGUCUUUGAGAAGAAGUUUGGAGACAGGAGGGGAAUUGAGGACAUCAUUGUCAGCAAGAGGAGAUUCCAGUAUGAGGAGGAGGUGAAGGCAAACCCCCACAACUAUGAUGCAUGGUUCGACUACCUGCGGCUGGUGGAGAGCGACACAGAAGCCGAGACCGUGCGGGAGGUAUAUGAGAGAGCCAUCGCCAACGUGCCCCCCAUCCAGGAGAAACGCCACUGGAAGAGGUACAUCUACCUCUGGAUUAACUAUGCACUCUAUGAGGAGCUGGAAGCAAAGGAUGCAGAGCGAACCAGACAGGUGUACCAGGCAUGCCUUGAGCUCCUGCCCCACAAGAAGUUUACAUUUGCUAAAAUGUGGCUUCUGUAUGCACAGUUUGAAAUUCGCCAGAAAAACCUCCCCCUUGCCAGAAGGGCUUUGGGGACAUCCAUAGGUAAAUGUCCAAAAAACAAACUGUUUAAAGGUUACAUUGAGCUGGAGUUACAGUUGCGUGAAUUUGACCGUUGCCGAAAGUUGUAUGAAAAAUUCCUGGAGUUUGCACCGGAAAACUGCACAUCCUGGAUUAAGUUUGCUGAGCUGGAGACCAUCCUUGGCGACAUCGACCGUGCCCGGGCAAUCUACGAGCUGGCUAUCGGCCAGCCCCGGCUGGACAUGCCAGAGGUGCUUUGGAAAUCCUACAUUGACUUUGAGAUUGAGCAAGAGGAGUACGAGAAAACCAGGAACCUUUACCGGCGGUUGCUGCAGCGCACACAGCACGUCAAGGUGUGGAUCAGCCUGGCACAGUUCGAGCUGUCAGCAGGGCAGGAGGACCGGCUGCAGCGCUGCCGGCAGAUCUAUGAGGAGGCCAACAAGGCCAUGCGCAGCUGCGAGGAGAAGGAAGAGAGGGUCAUGCUGCUUGAGUCCUGGAGGAGCUUCGAGGAUGAGUUUGGCACCGAUGCCGCUAAGGAGAGGAUAGAUAAACUGAUGCCUGAGAAAAUAAAGAAGAGGAGAAAGCUGCAAGCCGAAGAUGGGUCUGAUGCUGGAUGGGAGGAGUACUAUGAUUACAUUUUUCCAGAAGACACUGCCAAUCAACCCAACCUCAAACUCCUGGCUAUGGCAAAGCUCUGGAAGAAACAGCAGCAGGAGAACGAAGCUGCAGCCAUGGAUCCUGAUAAGGACAUUGAUGAAAGCCAGACUUAAUACCUUGCUUUUUCCCACCCUUUUCUUGGCCCAUUGUACAGUAUUUUCAUUGGUGAUAAAUAAAUGUAUUUGGAGAGUUUUAGUA